AUAUAUAUAUAGAAAUGUUGAAAAAAGUUAAAAUUGAGUCAGAUGUUUUGCAUGUAUGUAUUGCUCAUGCUUUGACCAACGAAAGAGAAGAAAUAAUGGGACUAUUAAUUGGACAAGUAGAAGAUGAUGUAUCGCAUAUUCAUGCAUUAGUUUUACUUGAAAGGCUGGAUAAACAAAAAGAUCGUGUUGAGAUUUCUCCAGAACAGUUAUGCAAUGCUGCUAUGACUGCAGAAAAGUUGGGUGAACGCACACGAUUAAAACAACCAAUGAGAAUAAUUGGAUGGUAUCAUUCACAUCCACACAUCACCGUAUGGCCUUCUCAUGUUGAUGUUCAGACACAGCAUGCUUAUCAAUUAAUGGAUAAAGAUUUUAUUGGUCUUAUAGUUUCAUGUUUUAACCAAUCAGAUCAAUCGAAAAUGGGAGAAGUUCGUGUUACUUGUUUCCAGGCUGUUAAAUUUGAAGGUAAUGACAGUUACGAACGUGUAGAAAUAGAGCAAGAGAUUGUAUCUACUAAAGAAUUAAGCCAUGCAUGUUUACAGGAAUUAACUAAAUUGCCUGAAAUUUUGCUGCAGGAAGAGAUAUCUGCUUAUCAAGAAUCAUUGAGUUAUGCUGAUCAAGAUGUAUUGACGGCUGUUCAAAAUUCAGCAGUGUAUACGCAAGCAGUCACAAAAAUAAUUGAAAUAAUAUGUACCCCCAUAUUUCAGUUAAUGGAGUCUCGUCUUGCUAAAAGCAAAAUGAAGCAAAAUGAACUAAUAAGAAAAUUAAAAGUUGAAGGACGUUUGCAAAGCUAGUGUUGAAUUUUUUUUUUUUCGAUUUUGUUUACUAUGAAUUAAUCUGGUUGAAAACUUGAUUAUAUUAAA